AAAAAAAUUGCCCAAUCAAACUAGCCAGUAACUAACUAUUAACAGCUCAGCAACGAAAUGAUGAACAAAAUAGCUAUAGAGCUUUGUAAUUCUCAAUGGCUACCUUCACCGUCGCAACACUAUCACCGUCGUCUUCUUGUUUCUUUGCUCCGGCUCGUUACCACCGUUCUCUGAACCGACUCAGUCCGAGCCUAUUGUACAAGAAUUGGCAUCCGAAGCUGCCACUUCUCAAAUGCUCCCCUUCAUCUUCAGACUCGGAAACCUCCACAACUGAUUGGACCUUCAAGCUGAUAUCGGGAAUUGCCGGAACCGGAUUCAUCGAAACCUCCUACCUCACUUACCUUAAACUCACCGGCUCCGGUGUCUUUUGCCCCAUCGGCGGUGGCACCUGCUCUGACAUACUCAACAGUGAUUACGCCCUCGUUUUUGGUGUGCCUCUUCCUUUGAUUGGGAUGGUUGCGUAUGGUUUUGUAGCUGCUCUUAGUCUUCAGUUAGCUACUAAGGAGAAUUUGCCUUUUGGGAUCAACAUAUCAAAUGCUCAAUUAAUAUUGCUUGCAAGCUCCACCUCGAUGGCAACUGCUAGUGCUUAUUUUUUGUACAUUCUAACCACAACGUUCUCUGGAUCAUCUUGUUCCUAUUGCCUACUUUCGGUUCUCUUAUCGUUCUCCUUAUUCUUUAUCACACUCAAGGACAUUGGAUUACAAGAGAAGUAUAAACAAUUGGGUUUGCAGUUGUUUAUUGCAAGUUUGGUGAUUCUCACGCUGAAUACCUCCUAUAGCAGUGCUAAAUCUGCUUCCUCAAGCAGCAUGGCUAAAAUUGAGCUGCCAUAUUUUGCAACUGAGAUUACAACUCCAUCAAGCCCCUUUGCACUAUCUCUAGCAAAGUAUUUGCAUUCCAUAGGAGCUAAAAUGUAUGGAGCUUUCUGGUGUUCACACUGUCUGGAACAAAAGGAGAUGUUUGGACGUGAGGCGGCCAAGCAAUUGGAUUAUGUGGAAUGUUUUCCUGACGGAUAUCGAACAGGAAUUAAAAUGAUUGAUGCAUGCAUAGACGCCAAAAUUGAAGGUUUCCCCACUUGGAUUAUUAAUGAGAAGGUUGUGAGUGGUGAACUCGAAUUACCAGAGCUUGCACAAGUGUCUGGUUACAGCGAACCUGUUCAACCUAGUUAAUGCUUUAGUCUUAAAGUAUCAGACAUAGCUUUGUAGAAGCAUAUACAUUGUUGUACAGCUUAUAGACACGAGUUGCACAUAUAUAUAAUCUUGUUUCACUUAUACAUUGUUUUAUGUAUUUGUUUCACUUAGACAUUGUCUCCCUUCUUGUUACUUAAUUGAAUAUCUGUUUUUCAUUA